AUAGUGAUUUCGUUUUACACUUCGAUGUACUACAUCGUCAUUCUGGCUUGGGCCUUCCUCUACUUAUUCUCCUGCUUCCACACUGUGCUGCCCUGGGCCAGCUGCAACAACACCUGGAACACAGAGAACUGCAUUGAUUCUGGCAUGAAUGAAUCAUUUUCUGGCACUGUCAAUCACAAUAUAACAUCUUCAGUUCAAGAAUUCUGGCAGAGGAGAGUUCUGGGUUUGUCUGGAGGAAUUGAGGAGAUGGGUAAUAUGCGCUGGGACCUGGCUGGGUGUCUUCUACUGAGCUGGGUUAUCUGUUACUUUUGUAUCUGGAAAGGAGUCAAGACUUCAGGAAAGGUCGUCUAUUUCACAGCCACGUUCCCCUACGUGAUGCUGAUUGUGUUGCUGAUCCGUGGUGUGACACUGCCAGGAGCUGCAGAUGGAAUUCGAUUCUACCUUUCUCCUGAUCCAACACGUCUAACUGAUCCUCAGGUGUGGAUGGACGCUGCAGGCCAGAUAUUGUUCUCCUAUGCCGUCUGCUCAUGCUGUCUGCCGUCUUUGGGAAGUUACAAUAAAUACAACAACAACUGCUACAAAGACGCUUUUGCCUUGUGCACACUGAACAGUUUAACCAGCUUUGUUGCUGGCUUUGCAGUCUUCUCCGUCCUCGGCUUCAUGUCGCAUGAGUUGGGUGUCGACAUCUCCACGGUGGCUGAAUCAGGUCCCGGUCUUGCCUUCGUUGCUUAUCCUCGAGCAGUCGCCUUGAUGCCUUUACCACAACUCUGGGCUGUCUUCUUUUUCCUCAUGAUAGUCUUCCUUGGACUGGACAGUCAGUUUGUGUAUCUGGAGGGUCUGGUGACAUCCGUAUCUGAUAUGUAUCCGUCGUACUUUUUCACCGGUCACCAACGUAAACUGCUUCUGCUGCUCAUCUGUCUCAUCUGCUUAGUUACUGGCCUGUUUAUGGUCACGGAGGGAGGACUUUAUGUAUUUCUCCUGUUUGACUACUACGCCUGCAGUGGAAUGCCAUUAAUGUUUUUCGGCAUGUUGGAGACUGUUUGUGUGGGAUGGGCAUUUGGUGCUGAUCGUUAUUAUGGAAAAAUAAAGGAAAUGAUUGGUUACCGCCCCUCACCUUAUAUGAAGUACUGUUGGAAGUUCUUUACACCAUCCUUCUGCAUUGGAAUACUGCUCUUCUCUCUUGUCCGGUUUACCCCUCUGAGAUACAAUAACACCUAUAUAUAUCCUGGUUGGGGCUAUGCCAUUGGGAUAUUUCUUGGAUUAUCGUCAGUUCUUGUGACUCCUCUGUAUUUUCUCUACCUUAUGGCCAUAACCCCAGGAACAAUGAGACAGAGACUGACAACAUUAUGCACUCCAGCAGCUGAGCUCCUUAACCCAAGGAAAACUCCGUACCAAGAACAACCUCUGUUUGAUACAGAGCUGUGUGCUCUAAAUAUGACUGAGAAACCCAAAGCUGUCACUUUGGAAGCUCCUCUAUGGAGUCCAGGAAGCAGUCCUGGACAGAACCAGCCCUCCUGA